AAAACACCGACGACCAUCGCUACCAAUGCUUCUUGAGAGGAACAGAGCAGCUGCAAGCCCAACGGACAAGUCCUCCGGUAACAAACAACAACACGACUAACUCCACGGAUUCAAGGCAAGCAGAGUAGAAAGGUUGAAGAAUGGAGUUGGCCAACCAUGGUCUUAUCCUCCUGCAGCAGCUCAACGCUCAGAGGGAGUUUGGCUUCCUGUGUGACUGUACCAUCGCCAUCGGAGAUGUCUUCUUCAAAGCCCACAAGGCCGUGCUGGCUGCCUUCUCAAACUACUUCAGAAUGCUCUUCAUACACCAGGACAGUGACUGUGUCCGACUGAAGGCAGCCGACAUCCAGCCAGACAUCUUCAGCUACCUCCUCAACCUGAUGUACACAGGGAAGCUGGCCCCUCAGCUCAUCGACCCAGCCAGGCUGGAGCAGGGGGUCAAGUUCCUCCACGCCUACCCCCUCCUCCAGGAGGCCAGCCUGGCCAGCCAGACAUCCUUCUCCCACCCAGAGCCCAGCCUGCCCCUCUCUACUUCCCUCUUUGGCAUUCAGAUCUCCGACAAGCAGGUUGCGCUGUCCGGCAGGCUGCCCGUCCGGCGCCAGCUCUCCUCACCUUUUGACCUGGACAGUCUCCCUGACAGGAAGUAUCCGUCCACGUCUGCUGUAACAGCGGCAUUCACCAACCAUGCGUCCAAGCUGGACUCUUCGUUUCAGGAAAUGGUGGAGGCUUCGACCAGCGGCCAACGGGCCUCGUAUGAGGAGCAUGGAGGGAACACCCCGACAGGAGAGGCGCCCUCCUUGGGUAGCUCCAACACCAUUCUCCAUGUGAAGCCGAGCAUCAUGAAGAGGAAUGCCUCCUUCAGGAAGCACUACUCCUGCCACCUGUGUGGCAGCCGCUUCAACCAGAGGAGCCUGUUGAGGGAGCACCUCCUGCAGCACAGCCUGGCCCGGCUCCCUCUGGUGGCCAAGCCCAGCGGUGCACACUCACCUGUCCUCCCAGGAGGAGGAGCAGCCACCACACCAGAGGUGGAGGAGGUACUGCUAAGGGGAGGUGGAGAACGGUCCGCUGCCAUGACAGUUGAGAUGCUUAGUGACAGCGAGCAAGCACCGCCCUCUGGUUUCAGCAUGGACUCUCCCAGAGCAGAGUUGUCGGGGUGGGCGACCGGGUGUCAGUCCCAGGCCGACACCCCACCUCCAUCGGACAUUGCGGAUAUCGACAACCUGGAGAGUGCUGACCUGGACCGCGAGGUGAAGCGCAGGAAGUACGAGUGCGCCACCUGCGGACGCAAGUUCAUCCAGAAGAGCCACUGGCGAGAGCACAUGUACAUCCACACGGGAAAGCCCUACAAGUGCAGCGCCUGCGGCAAGAGCUUCUGUCGUGCCAACCAGGCGGCUCGCCACGUGUGCCUGACCCAGGGUGCCGACGCCUACACCAUGGUGGACCGGCAGAGCAUGGAGCUGUGUGCCGCAGGGGACGACACCAGCCAGAUGGAGGCGCUGUUCCUUGGCUCAGCCAGGCCCUACAAGUGUAAUGUCUGUGAGACCACCUUCUCCAGCCCCAACGAGGUCAUCAAGCACCUGUGCUUCAGCCAAGGGGCUCUAGCUGGCCUGCAGGGGCAGUCAGGGGUGCGGCUGCUGCAGGGGGAGGAGUUUCCCAAAGACGAGGGCUCUGAUUCGUCCGGCGCCGCCACCCUCAUUACGGCCAUAAAAACUGAGCAGAUCUUGGUGGAGUAGGUCCACAGCACCAGAACCAGUCUUAUAUUUGUAUUCUCUUAUAUACAGUAUGUUUAUUAUUUCCUUUGGUAAAUGAUGGUCAGUAGUUAAGCUAAAGAUUUAGUUAAGAGGUAUAUAGGAUGGGUUUUAUAUCUACUGAAAAUGCUUCCUCAGGUUUAUUUAACAGCAAAGCCAGAGACUUGGACUUGUUUCAGUAGGAACUGUCUAUUAAGUGUCCAUGUGAAAACCACACACUGUACUAAGUCUCCUUUCCAACAUGACGUUGCAUUUGUUCGCCCAUUUGUUCUCCUAUGCAUAUGUCACUGACCAAUUGGCAAAGUAGUAUGUCGCUAUUUGUUUCUCAAUAUGUGCUGCAGUUGAGUUCGUGGUGUGAUUAUGACUAGGGCUUUGUCUUAUUCUCAGUCUCUUUCUGGUGCUUGAUUUACAUAGGUCUGUCACAUUGGUUUCUGUUACUUAAUUUAAAGUGGCCGUUGGCUGUGGUCGAGCCUCUCACUCAGCUUUUAGAUCCAGACAGGAACAGGAAGUUGAGAGAGAGUUCCGGAGGAAGUGAUGUUUCUCUACAAUCAAAUGGUGCAGGAGAUACCAGGGGAAGCAACAGGCAGGCAGGUGCAGACCGAAUGGUGGUCUCAACACAUCUGCUGUAAAAGAAAACGUCUCUCCUUUUCCAAAGUGUUACUCGUGCAGUAUACUGAUGAAAUAAGUAUAUGCCCAGUCCAGAAUCAACCUCAUUCCAUGGCCUAUUAGGUCCAGUAGGCUGUGUCUUCCUUUGGCAGUUUUCAGUAACCGUGUAAGCAGAACACGUACCAUGACAUUUAAUAAUUCCGUGGUAUAAAUUCCCUUCUGUUCAUCGUUUUGAGCAGCCAUUUUGUUACUUUUUGUGCAACGUCUGCCAACUGUGGGUAUGAAAAGAAGCACAAUUGCCAUAGACGAAACAGGGCAAUCUAGGCCCACAUUAAGGAUUGUGUUGGUUACUCCAACAGAGGCCUCAAAGCAGAAGCAAGCACUGUAGCUUUAUAGGUGAUGUUUACAGUCGUGCCAUUUUUAUAAACCUUUGUUUAUUUUAAAUAGCUACAAUCUGUGCAUUUUAAACACAUUUACGUUAUCAUAUUUUGAUGCCUACAUGUAUUGAAGGGAGUUUUCAAUUCUGUACAAUAUUGUACACCUUGCCAAUUUGAUGAUCAUUUGCUUGAAUUUGUUCUUAAAGACCAUAUUUUGUGUUGGAUAUACCUUUCUAAUUUUAUAUACAAUGCUAUAUUUACAAAUCAUAUUUUUUAUUGCAAAGUUUGUAUAUUACUAAUUGGUUUCCAAUCUAGAAAACAAUUGAUUUAGUGUAGUGAAGGUGUAUGUAUAUUUGUUGUCAAUCUCUUUCCAUUCAAGGCCUUGGUGUUACUGAUAAAAUUCUAGUAUGAUAUUUAUCUUAAUCUGCUGUGGCUUCAUUUGCAGUUACUCUUGCCCUCUGUUUGUACAGUACAGUUUGGUGGCAGGGAGGGUCAGGCUCAGUUCCAUUGUGACCCCUAGCCCAGUCUCUUCUAGCUUCGUUCUAUCCUUUAGGAUCUCAUAGACUAGCUGAAAGAAAAACAGCCAUCCAUAUAGUAAAUAUGGCUUUAUGGUUUAUGCCUAUCCUAUUUAGACUCUAUCCAGGGUGGGGCCAACUGGGACUGGGGUUCCAUACUACUCAUCCAUAUAGUAAAUAUGGCUUUAUGGUUUAUGCCUAUCCUAUUUAGACUCUAUCCAGGGUGGGGCCAACUGGGACUGGGGUUCCAUACUACUCAUCCAUAUAGUAAAUAUGGCUUUAUGGUUUAUGCCUAUCCUAUUUAGACUCUAUCCAGGGUGGGGCCAACUGGGACUGGGGUUCCAUACUACUCAUCCAUAUAGUAAAUAUGGCUUUAUGGUUUAUGCCUAUCCUAUUUAGACUCUAUCCAGGGUGGGGCCAACUGGGACUGGGGUUCCAUACUACUCAUCCAUAUAGUAAAUAUGGCUUUAUGGUUUAUGCCUAUCCUAUUUAGACUCUAUCCAGGGUGGGGCCAACUGGGACUGGGGUUCCAUACUACUCAUCCAUAUAGUAAAUAUGGCUUUAUGGUUUAUGCCUAUCCUAUUUAGACUCUAUCCAGGGUGGGGCCAACUGGGACUGGGGUUCCAUACUACUCAUCCAUAUAGUAAAUAUGGCUUUAUGGUUUAUGCCUAUCCUAUUUAGACUCUAUCCAGGGUGGGGCCAACUGGGACUGGGGUUCCAUACUACUCAUCCAUAUAGUAAAUAUGGCUUUAUGGUUUAUGCCUAUCCUAUUUAGACUCUAUCCAGGGUGGGGCCAACUGGGACUGGGGUCCAUACUACUCAUCCAUAUAGUAAAUAUGGCUUUAUGGUUUAUGCCUAUCCUAUUUAGACUCUAUCCAGGGUGGGGCCAACUGGGACUGGGGUUCCAUACUACUUUCGCACAAAUGGAGUCUUCAUGCUGAGCAAAUUAGACAUAGUUCAGUCACAUUUCCAUUGGCUUAAAGACACAAUAUAAAAGUGAGCUUAAAUGUGUUACAUGGGGGAAGGACUCCUAUUUAUCUCGUGACUCACUCUGUGUUAUAGUAUAUUCAGGCUUUGUGAAGUGAAUACUACUGAAGUGUACUUCUCAGAGGUCAACAUAUAACACGUUUCUCCUCAUCAGUUAGUCUCUGGAUUCUCCCUGCUGAGCUCAAGUUGUACAAUGUUCAACCACAUUGGUCGUAGGUGUAAACUAACAGCUUAACGUCUUUCCCUGUGUCAAUUAUAAAAUGUGUAUUUAUGCAAGCGGUUUGUCUUUUCUGUGUUGGGAUAUUUUUGGAAACAAGUUUCAGGGGUAAUGGGGAAGCUGGGCGAGGGGAAAGUCCCUGACCUAUGAUCCUGGAGCGUUCACUCUGCUGCCCUCCCAAAGCUCAGUUGAACAUGUACUGUGAUAUCUCUGUGUUCUCAGGAACGUACGUGAGUUAGUCUUCUGUGUAAAUAAUAAAGAAAACUAUUUUACAUUUUCACAGUGAAGAAUGAACAAUUAAAGAGAUGUUUUGCAGAAUUAUGGCAUGAUUAAUUAUUUCUUAUUCAGCUGUGUUCAUCCCAAGAAUACAUGCAUGUUUGAUUUCAGAUGUUUUACUCAUCUUUUGGCUUUGGUUAAAUAAACUCUGGACAUUG